AUGCGAGGCUUCGUGUUUGCCGUCGUUUUGGCGUUGUGCGCCACCUUGGCGACUAGCGAGGAGAUCAAAAAUCUUCCCGGCGUCGACUUCGAGCUCAACUUCAAACACUAUUCGGGAUUCUUCCAGGUUUCCGACAACCACGUUCUCCAUUAUUGGUUCGUCGAGUCUCAAGAUGAUCCAUCGAACGAUCCACUGAUCUUCUGGUUCAACGGUGGCCCAGGAUGCUCGUCAUUGGACGGUCUUCUCAACGAAAUGGGACCAUACGUGGCGAAUGACGACGGAAAGACGCUUCGCGAGAAUGAGUAUGCCUGGAACAAAAUGGCCUCGGUUGUCUACAUCGAGUCGCCGGCGGGUGUUGGAUAUUCAUACGCUACCGAUGGAAACAUCACCACCAAUGACGAUUUGACCUCAUUGGAGAAUUACGAAGCCGUCAAGCAAUUCUUCACUGAAUUCCCACAAUUCCGUCAUCACGCCACCUACAUAAUGGGCGAGUCGUAUGGUGGAGUCUACGUGCCAACGUUGACCGCUAGAAUCGUUGAUGGACAAAAGGACUUCCCAAUCAAUCUGAAGGGAAUGGCUCUUGGAAAUGGAUAUGUCCAUGAGACAUUGAACAUCGACACGUCGGUUCGCUUUGCCUACGGACACGGAUUGAUCGACGAGAAGGUCUGGAAGACAUUGGAGCGCGAUUGCUGCAGCGGAUGCAUCGAGUCUUGCGAUUUGACCGACGUCACCGGACAAUGUGCCACAAUCGUUGAGGACAUCUUCCAGUUCUUGUGGUUCGGCGGACUCAAUCCAUACGAUUUGUAUCGCGAUUGUGAUCCGAAUCCGGCGAGAAAUUCGAAGAAGAUGCGUCAUAUGCUUCGCGGCGUCGCACCAAAAAUGGCCAACAUCGACGCGAUGUACAAGAACUUCACUCGCAACAGCCUCUACCGGUUCCUCAACGACAAGGACUCGUCGGUUGGCGCUGAUGUGCCGUGCUUGAAUGAUACUGAAAUGCUUGCUUACAUGAACAACCCGAAGGUUCGCAAGGCGCUUCACAUUCCAUUCAACUUGGGCAAAUGGGACAUCUGCAGCGACAAGGUCACCACCACCUAUCAAAAGCAGUACACCGACAUGGGACCAUUCAUCCGCAAGAUUGUCAAGAACCACGUCAAGGUUCUUCUCUACUACGGCGACACUGAUAUGGCUUGCAAUUUCAUGAUGGGACAGCAAUUCGCCGAUCAACUUGGACUUCGCAGAACCUUGAAAAAGACGCCAUGGAAGUAUGACCGUCAAAUCGCCGGAUUCAAGACGCUUUUCGAUGGAUUGACAUUUUUGACGAUCCGCGGCGCCGGACACAUGGCCCCGCAAUGGCGUGCCCCACAAAUGUACUACGUCAUUCAGCAAUUCCUUCUCAAUCAUCCAAUUUAA